GCAAGAGCCUCCGGAUUGUGUGAUUUGUCCCAGCACACGACCAUUUCCACGUCUCAUGGCUCGGGGACGAGUAACCGCCACCAAGCAAAGUCAUGUCCCCUCUGCUCGACCUUUCUCUCUCAGCGCCAGCUGCCUCUGGCAUUCUGUCUCCGGGCAACCGUCCUAUUCUACUUCUGUCCUGUGUCCGCCUCCGGGUCCACAUACACGUCGUCAGAAUGGACCCAGACACCAUGCCUCGCUGGCGGCUAGCAGUAGCAGGUUCGAUGCAACACCACUCGAUUGCCCAGGACUCCAUCGUAGUAUCUAGCAAAACCUCGGAACGAACACCUCCACUUCUGAAACUACCUAUAGAAGGCGGACUAAAUGUCUUGAGCUCCAACACGACACAAGUCCGUCGAGGUCCUUCAUCACCGUCGAGUGAUACCACGCACUGCACGUAGUCGACGACCCCCUGUCCGAGGCUUUUCCCAGACGGCAGCAGUGUACCCCCCGUCUGCCUCAGCCAGGAUAUCGGGUCCAACAAGCAAUAUAUCCAUAUAUCCCCGUUCGGUUGCCUCGUGGAAGGCUCAUAUUUUACUGACCGAUGUAGUCGCACGGCGUCUCAGCCGCCCUGCACGGUGCCGCCCUCGCUGCUACAUACAUGGGCU